AUGGAUGAACACGACCGUCACGUGCAGGUGGCUCAUGGAGUUCCUUUUAGAGGGAGCACAGCAGUGCCAGACGGCAAUCUUGUACAUUCACAACAGCAACAGUUGCCUCAUGCUGCGAUUGAUCACCAACAGGUUCCCUUUGGGGAUAUGAUGAUGCAUAAUGAGUAUCUUCCUACGGAUAGUACACAUACCAAUGGCAAUGGAUUGAUGGCCAAUGGAACAGCAGAUUCCAGAAAUGUUCUGUUGGCAAUGACAAUGAAUAAUCCGCAUUUGUUGACGGAUCCAUCGAUUCAGGAAACUUUAUCACCAUUUUUUCAGCCGUUUGGUGUUGAUGUAUCGCAUUUGCCUAUGACAAACCCUCCAAUCUUUCAGAGUUCACUGACAAGGUACGAUGAGCCCGUGAGAAGGAGAAGAAUAUCGAUCUCGAACGGUCAAAUUAGUCAAUUGGGUGAAGACUUAGAGACAGUGGAAAACUUAUACAAUACACAACCUCCGCCUUUACCACCGCGGUUUGACCAACAACACGCAGCGAAACCUUUUUUUGAAUCUUCCUCGGUUUCGGGAGAGAACUCGAAGAAUGUAUUGAUACAUAUACAAGACAAUGGCGAAGGAACGCAAGGACAUUCCAAUGUAUUACCCACAAUACCGCCAUGGCAAUCUAAUAAUCCGGUCAAGGAGGAAGAGCCAAAAUCUCUGGCAAGCCUUUUACAGGAUAAUCAAGGCCCUUUGAGUACCAAUGGAAACCCUGAUCCACUUCCCACAGCUGAACUGAGCAGAAACACUUCAACGUCAUCUUCUUCAUCUCAAUUCCAAGGAUACCAAGGACAAUACGGAUCGAAUCGAAUGGAACCAAUGCCGGGGACAAAUGCAUGGAAGAGAGCUAGACUCCUUGAGAGGAACAGGAUAGCUGCCUCAAAAUGUCGGCAGAGGAAGAAAGUGGCUCAAUUGCAAUUACAGCAGGAGUUUGACGUAAUGAGUAAGGAAAACAGGAUGAUGAGAAAGAAACUUGAUUACUACGAGAAAUUGGUAUUGAAGUUUAAGAGAUUUUCAGAAGCACAUAUGAAAAAAUGCACUGACAUGCAAUCUUUCAGCAUCAUCGAAGAAAUGCUCAUGAUAGAUUCAGGCAUAAGGGAAGUAGACAAGGAUGGUCUGGUAGUUAAGAUCGAGGAGAAAUGA